UUAGCUUUGAAAUGAGUACUGGUCUAUUUCCCUGCUGUGUUUAUUUAAAUAUUGGGCUGUCAGACUCCACCCCACAGUUUAGGAACACAGUAUAUCUUGUUCCGUGACAGGACGGUACAUUAAAGGACCUUUUUCCACGAGUGUGUGUCUGCACAUACGCGCGUUGUUGCGCGUGGCACAGAACUGUUACAUGAACACGAUACCCCCGUAUGAAUAUGUCUUAAUGCAUGUUUGUAAUCACACAGCUAUUAUAGAUCAUAUUACUGUAGAGAGAGAGAGCGAGAGAGACCAUAAUGCCUGUAUGUUAUCACACAGCUAAUAGUCAUUUAUCAUUGUUUUAUUGUCUUGUCUUCUCUCAGCAGAAUGAAAAUAAGAUGUCUCACGCAGCUAAUAGUCAUUUAUGUCAUGUUGUUGCCCCCUCGCUACAGACUGAAGACUAUACGCUUAAAGAUGCACUGUGUAGAAAUCUCUCCGGCAUUUCCUGGUUGCUAAAAUUCUAAUAGUUUGCCUAAUUUCAGUUUGUAACAUAAUACAUAAGUAUAGUAUAGAGAAUCAUUGUACCAUCUAAACUGCUGUGAAAUAUAUAUUUAAAUAACAAAAAAUAUUGUAUUUUCAGCUGUUUGAAACUGAUGUACAAAAACGAAAGUAAAAGAUGCUAAAAUAAAACUAAAGAACAGAAACAUAAAACUGGUGCACAUAGAAUUGAUCUACCGCUUCUUAGACUUGCUUUCGAUGACAGAUCUAUAAGUCAUAUUUCUACGUGAAUUUGGUAGGUCGCCCAAUUAGUUACAUAUUGCCUCUUAAAAGAGUAACUUUCAUAAUUUACAUUUUUUAUUUUAUUGAAAAACAGAUGUUUAAGGCAUAGUUAUAGUGAAACACCUCAAUUCUGAUCUUUAUUUUGACAGUUCAUUGCAAAACUGAUACAUUUUGGUCUUGAGUAGUAAAUCUAGCUCUUGUUGCCUGUAGCGCAGCACUUCCCAAACUAGGGGUUGCGGCCCCAUGUGGGGUCAGCUGAUAUGAAAAUGGGGUGGCGGGAGAAUUUCUAAAAUCCUGGUAAAAAAAUAUAAUACAAAAUAAAAUAUUAUUAGAUCGUCUGUCUCUCAAAAUCAUUGUAAUGAGAUUAACCUUAAAAAUCUAAAUGGCCACACUUGACCUUUCAACUUGAAUCAUUCCUAUAGUAAAUGGCUAAGCCGCUACGGUAUGAGACUUAAUAUUACAGGCCACCAUUCAUAUGGUAAAAAUAAUGUGUGGGGAGGCAGAGGCACAGAAACUCACAUAAAUACAUUUGUCAGAUAACAGUGUGAAACUAAGAAUGUAUGCUAUAGUUAGCGUUCAACAGGAAACUGACUGAUGACUCAACCCUCCUUAUGCUCUCCAAAUGGACGUUAGCUGUGAGGGCCGAGAUACCAAUGCAUUGACUUUAGUUCGCUACUUGUCGGGGGAUGCUAUUCAUGAGGACAUAUUGUUCUGCCUCACGAUUACCGAGCGUGAAACGGUACGGGAUGUUCAGUGUGCUGCGUUGUUAUAUUGACGAAAAUAUUCAUGGGAUCGAAUGGUGGGCUUUUGCACAGAUGAGGCUCGAUCGAUCAUAGGACGGCAGGCAGGCCUCUGCGCUCUAGUUAUGCAUGUGUGUCCCUCUGCCAUAUGGACACAUUGUAUGACACACCCACUGAGCUAUAAUGGUUUCACCGAGAGCAACUGGCGGCAAAAGAGCUGAGCGCAGAACUCGGAGAUAUGCUGCAGGUAACUUCGACUGUAAACUUGAUCGCAAAACUGUGGAGAGAUAUCGGAUCAGAGCAUGACUGUUCUAUUUCACUUGGCUUGGUGGUUAUCGAGGUGAAGUGUUUAAAUCUUUUUUGAAUUGAGAGGAACUGUGGUCAUUCACAAUGGAUGUAAAAAAAUAUAUAUAUAUAUUUAAAAAAACAAGACUUGACUUUUUGUGUAAUGAAAAUAAAAUGUGUCUCCUUGCCUACGUAACAGACAUAUUUUGUGAAACUGAACGCAAGCAUGCAGGGGAAAUACAAAACAAUUCUACAGAUGAGUGACGGAAUCAGCGAAAUCCGUUUGACUGUGAUCCUGGCUCAGUUGACAUCCCGGUAAGUGGAAUCGAACAGCUGGUCGAGCUGUCACGUGGCCGAAUGCUUCAGACCAUGCAUUCACGGGUCACUAUGGAGGAAAUUCGGUUCCUGACUCAUAGGGAAUAACGUGCCGUCUCCCUCUGAGCAUUACAAGGAAUGGUACGCUGAUUUAGUGCUGUCUGCAUUAAAAACAAAUAUCGAUCCAGUUUGGAUGUGACAGGAGAGAUGAGAUUCUCACUGUCGACCACGCCCCCUGACUUUGUGAACCUCCGUCGCAACAUCCAUCAAGCCCCCAUUUCAUUAGUGAUGGUGAAAUAACAUUUUCAAUUGACUCUCGUAGCCCCACGUGAAACGUAUAUGAUGAAUGAAAAUAAGAUGUGCCCUGUUCCAUAAAUUGACACAGAGGUGCUUCCUGUUGUCCCUGGCCCUGCUGCUGCUGUGUCUGCUGAAGCUGUUCUAUGCUAAAGUAACUCUGAGGAACAGUUUCUACAUCGAGCCCUAUGGAAUCACAGACCGCUCCUCACAGAACCCCAAACACCAGUACAACAUCAACUGCACUGCCAUCUACCAACUGGACCCUGUGGAGGUAGGGAAGUCAUUGGAGAUCAGACGCAAAGUCAUUGUGGACUUGGAGGAUGACCGCCUCGUGUCUUUAACCUCAGACUGUGAGAGGUACAUCGAGACGAGAGGAUAUGACGUCAUCCCAGUGUCGGAAGAGGAGCGGGGGUUCCCGCUGGCGUACUCCUUGGUGGUGCAUAAGAACGCUGCCAUGGUCGAGAGGAUCUUCAGGGCCACCUAUGCCCCUCACAACCUCUACUGCAUUCACUAUGACCAGAAGUCCUCUCAGAGCUUCAUAGCAGCCAUGAGGAACUUGGCUCACUGCUUCCCCAACCUCUUCCUAGCCUCCAAGCUGGAGUCAGUGCAGUACGCCCACAUCACACGGCUUAACGCCGACCUCAACUGCCUCAACGACCUGUUAGAAAGGUCAGAGGUCAAGUGGAAGUAUGUCAUCAACCUCUGCGGCCAGGACUUCCCCCUCAGGUCGAACGGUGAACUGGUGUCGGAGCUGCAGGCGCUGAAAGGUGCCAACAUGCUGGAGACCUCCCGUCCCAGCGAGCUGAAGAAACAGCGCUUCCGUUUCCAGCACCAGCUGAAGGAUGUGCCCUACGAGUACCGCCGCUUACCCGUCCGAACCACCCAGGCCAAGGCGCCGCCUCCACACGGCAUUGAGAUGUUCAUCGGCAGCGCCUACUUCGUCUUGUCCCGUGACUUUGUCCAUUACGUCGAAACCAGCCGGGUGGCGAGGGACUUCCUGGAAUGGUCAGCUGACACUUACUCUCCGGAUGAACACUUCUGGGCGACGUUGACGAGAAUCCCCGGUGUACCGGGAGAGAUCUCCCGGUCUGCCCCAGAUGUAACAGACUUGAAGAGUAAGACACGUCUGGUGAAAUGGAAUUAUCUGGAAGGGUCUCUGUACCCUCCCUGCACUGGGACUCACAUGAGGAGUGUCUGUAUAUAUGGGGCUGCAGAGCUGCGAUGGUUGCUAAACUAUGGCCACUGGUUCGCUAACAAGUUUGACCCCAAAGUUGACCCGGUGCUUAUCAAGUGCUUGGAGGAGAAAUUGGAUGAGAAACGUAGGCAAUGGGAAAACACGGUGCAGAAUUGAAAAGGAAAAACUACUGUAAAUGAAAUGGGAGAAUCAGUUCAUUUGUUGGUUUAUAUGGAAGAUAUACCCAGCCUGCAGAUGAGGUACUUUGUUCCUCUAUCAACUAACUGCAAGGAAUAAGUCAAAUUCUGCAGUAGCCUUACAAAAAAUAACUUUUUAUGUCUAUUGAAUACGAGUUCAAACUAGUUGAAUCCCCCCUGAAAAUGAAGUGUUGAAGUUUAAUUGAACUGUUCGAAUAAAAGGCGUCGCCCAACUGUUCUUUAA